AUGGCUCGAAACAUUUCCCACGGCCGCGGCGGCGCUGGAAACAUCUUCUCCGGCGAAGCCCGCAAGACGACCCCGCAGGACCUCGUCACACCCACCAUCAAGCAAGAAGUCUACACAACCGGCCGCGGCGGCUCAGGAAACAUGGUGCACAACGACCCCGACCGUCCCGAGCUCGCGCGCGAAAGCCAGGACGUCGAGGCGCCACCAAUGCGCGUCCAGGAAGCGCCGCACCAUACCGGUCGUGGCGGAAUUGCCAACCAGUACAUUCCCAGUGCGGAAGAGGAGAGGAAGGCGCGCGAGGACGAGGAGCAGUUGCGUCGGGUGGUUACGUCGAAGUCGGUGCGUGAACCGCGGGAUAUCGAGGAGGGAAACGCGAAGGCCGAGGGCUCGCCGUCGAACUGA